UCUACAAGCCAUCAAAAAAGAGCUAUUACCGGAAGUGACGUCUAUUGAUAGCAACCUAUAGUACCAGUGAAAUCACUUCCGGUUAUAUUUCAUGACUAUCACGAGGUACUCUCUUAGCCAAUAGGAAGAGAGGCAUUGAACACACAUUAUAUAACUUUUCCUACGAGGACCAGUAUAAAUUCACUGGCGUUAUAGUAUAUAUUACUAGUAUAGAAAUGCAAGAGCCUGUCGGCAUUGUCGUUCUUGGUUUAGGUCGUGCUGGAUCUAUCCAUGCAUGUAAUGUUUUAGCAAACCCUCGAGCGAAACUUCGAUGGAUCGUCGAAGAAGACGUUCAGAAAGCCAAGAAGUUUCUUGGAGACAGGAACGUGACAGACGUUGGAGUUGUUCCUGUAGCUGACACUAGAAUUGCUUUAGAUGAUCAACAAGUAAGAGCAGCUUUAGUGUGUACACCAACAAAUACUCAUUCAAAGGUUAUUGUGGAUUGUUUGAGAGCGGGAAAAGCCGUGUUUUGUGAAAAACCUGUGGCGGAAGAUGUUGAAUCAAUAGUAUCAUGUUACGAGGAAGCUGACCGUCUUGGCCUGUUGCUAUUUUGUUCCUAUAACCGUCGAUUUGAUCCUGGCCAUGGAACUGUAAUUAAAAAAGCAAGAACAGGAGCUCUUGGUACUAUCCACUCAAUCAUAACUAAAAGCCGUGACUCUCCAUUUCCAACACUUGAGUUUUUAAAGAUAUCUGGUGGCAUGUUUCACGACUGUGCUACUCACGACAUUGAUGUUGUACUAAGAAUAACAGGUGAGGCUCCGACAACAGUUUAUGCUCAAGCAAGCUCAUUUGCUCCUGCCAUAGCUGAUAUGGGAGAUGUGGAUUGUAUUACCAUUACCUUGAAGUUCCCUAGGGGUACAUUAGCAACAAUCAAUCUAGAUCGUACCUCCCCUUAUGGAUAUGACCAACGUCUGGAGGUCAUGGGUGACAAAGCUAUGAUGAUCAGUGAUAAUCCAAAGCCAAGUGCUAUCCGAGUGUAUAGCCAAGAAGGAGAAAACCUUGAUAAAUGUCACUAUUCAUUUCCUCAAAGGUAUGCGGAAUCGUACAAAAAUUCUUUGAAUCAUUUUCUCAAUGUAAUUGAAGGUAAAGAAGAGAUAGAAGUAACCAAGGAGCAAGUUGUGUUGGCAUGCCAAGUUGCUGAUGCUUGUGAGCUUUCACACAAAACUCAGCAAGUUGUUAAUUUUAAAAUUUAGUCUUAAGCGAUUUACAUGACUACAGACAGUCUAUUUUAAGGAACUGGGAGCUCAUAUUGACACUUAAGGUGGGGUAGGGGUGAGAUUGCUCAUCUUUUAACCACUGUGACCUGUGAUGGAUUUCCAUAGUCGGUGACGUGUCAUAUGUGAAUUUUGGGUUUAUUGUUGGUUCUUCUUGCUUCGAGAAUUUUCUCCGGGUUCUCCGGUUUUCCUCUUUUUGUUUGUUUUAAUUUUUAUUCCUUUCCUUUCCUUUUCUUUCAUCGUUGUGAAGAGUACUCCAUAAAUUCUCAAUAUCAUUUAUUCUCUGAUGUAUUAGUUUUCUACUGUAUAUUCUUCUUUUGCACGUUACGUCAUCGCGGCCAUGUUGGUACCAUUUAACAAAAGAUUUCUCAUUAGUAUCCAUUGUUAACGGUACCACAAUGGCCGCCAUGUUUUAAUGAACAGGAUAAUUGUACACCACUAUUUAAGUAACAUUGUAAUCUUGAUCAUCAUCAUCAUCAUCAAUGUUAUCACUAUUGUCAUAAUCAUUAUCAUGUAAAGGAAAUACGUCAUAGCUAUAACUUCGCCCCGAAAUUAUUCAAAAAUUGUUCAACAUGCGUAAACUAUGUUCCUCCCUUGUUAGAGUCCUGUAUACGUGUUUCCUUUACAUGCCCUACUUCCUAUACGUAGAUAAGUAUAGUUAGUCUUUAAAUACAGGGAUUUAAACUUUUAUCGUAAAACUCCCUAAAGAAGUGUACAGAGUUAGACGAAACGUGUAGGAGAUAUAAAAUAAAAAGUUUUACAGCCUAGCAUCCUA